AUGGCUUCCGCUUCGUGGCUUAACCAGGAUUUCGGGGAUGACGACGAGGAGUCUGAUAAUGAAUUCAACCCCGCCACUGGUGGUGUAUCCGAUGAUGAGCGCAAUGAAGACUCCAAACCUUCCCCGCCGAACCGACGCUCUUCCUCACCUCGUCGCUCAUCUGCCUCCCCAAAGAAUUCCAAACGUGAAAUCGAGGACGAGGAUGAAGAUGACAACACUGCGGAAAACGGAGCCCACGACCGGGGCAACGAGGAUGAUGCCAAAGGGGAUGUCGAUGACGAGGAAGGCGAUGAGGACGAGGAUGAGGAAGAAGAUGAGGACGAAGAAAUCACAAAUCGACCUCGCAAGCGCAGGAGGAGAGGCCUGAACCAAUUCUUCGAAGAGGAAGCCGAAGUUGACGAGGACGACGAUGAGCUGGAGGCCGAUGAAGAGGACCUCGGGCCCGAAUUCAUCCAAGACACACACCCUGAUGACGAUUUACCCCCCGAAGCCGAUCAUGAUGACCGACGACAUCGAGAACUGGAUCGUCAACGACAAUUGGAAGCUUCCAUGGACGCUGAGAAGCAAGCCGCAGCUUACAGAGAAAGAUAUGGCCGAAGGACAAAUGCAGCGCUCAGCAACAGCUCCUUCGUGCCACAGAAUCUGCUCAUGCCAGAUGUCAAUGAUCCAAGCAUAUGGGGUGUCAAGUGCAAGCCUGGAAAAGAAAAGGAGAUCAUCGUGCGUCUCAACAAGAAAUAUAGCGAGUCUCUGAGGAGUCGAAACCCCAUGCGGGUGUGCUCGUUUUUUGAACGAGGCGACGGGCCUAUGGCUGGCUACAUUUUCGUCGAAGCCCGGAGAAAGAUCGAUGUUGAUGAUGCGCUGAACGGUGUAUCUGACGUAUAUCCUCGAGGAAAAAUGAACCUUGUUCCGGUCAAAGAAAUGCCUGAUCUGCUGAGGGUUACCAAGACCAAGGAGUUGGAGGUUGGGGGAUAUGUCCGCAUCAAGCGAGGAAUCUAUACGGGAGAUCUAGCAAUGAUUGAAGAGGUUGAGUCAAAUGGGCUCGAUGUCAACGUUCGGCUGGUGCCACGGCUGACCUACGGUAUGGAAGAAGAUCAAGGACGGCCGGGUGCUGAUGUGAAGCGCAAACGGCCCAAUGCUUUCAACGUACCCACCAUCAAUCUCGCCAACAGACCUCCUCAGCGUCUCUUCAACGAAAAUGAAGCCAAGAAACGACACGACAGAUUCUUACAACAAAAUCGCGGCCUAAGCAAGAGGAACUGGAUAUACAAGGGGGACACCUAUAUAGACGGUUUCCUGGUGAAAGAUUUCAAAUUGCAGCACCUGAUUACGGAAAACGUCAACCCUAGACUCGACGAGAUCACCAAACUUACCAGGACGGCUGACGACGGCUCUGAACAUCUUGACCUGGAAACCCUCGCGCAUAGUCUCCGAAACACCACUGGAGACGGCAGCUAUCUUCCUGGAGAUGAAAUCGAAGUCUAUGAGGGUGAACAGAGGGGCACUAUUGGCAGAGUUGAAGCCGUGACGGGCAACAUCAUUUCAAUCAUGGUCUCCGAAGGCGAACUCACUGGACAAUUAGUUGAAGUCCCAGUCAAAGGCUUGCGGAAACGUUUCAGGGAGGGCGACAACGUCAAGAUCGUUGGUGGUAGCAAGUAUCGAGAUGAAGUCGGCAUGGUUUUGCGGAUCAAAGAUGACAAGGUUACGGUUCUAACCAACACGAGCAAUGAAGAGAUCACUGUUUUUAGCAAGGACUUACGGGAAGCCACAGAUGCUGGCGGAGGUGGAGCCGGCAGCAGCAAAUUCGAUGUUCAGGAAUUGGUCCAAAUUGAUGCGACGACUGUCGGGAUUGUGGUCAGAGCAGACCGCGAAUCCGUGCGCAUUCUCGAUCAGAAUGGUUCAGUCGCCACACGCAUACCUUCACAAAUUUCAAAGAUUGAUACCCGCAAAAACACUGUUGCCACUGACAAAAACGGCGCGGAAAUUCGCGUUGGCGAUGUGGUUAAAGAGUCAGGUGGGGAGGCCAAAAGUGGUACCAUCCUGCACCUUCACCGAGGUUAUGUAUUUGCCCACAACAAGUUGGGUAUCGAGAACUCUGGCCUAUGGGUCAAUCGGUGCAGUAAUGUCAUCACAACGGCUGCCAAAGGUGGACGUAUCACAGCUCCGACAACGGAUCUUACCAAGAUGAACCCGGCCCUUCAGAUGCGAAACCGACCUGAUGCAUCGAUGGCACCGCCUCAACGUCCUGGGCGUGACCCGCUUCAAGGCAGAUUAGUCCACAUCAACAAAGGAAACUAUAAAGGACACCGGGCCAUCGUCAAGGACACUACUGUUACAGAGGCUAGACUUGAAUUGCAGACAAAGAACAAGGUUAUCAAUGUCCCCAAGAGCCAGCUUUCCAUCAUCGAUACCAAUACCCAGAACAAAACUAGAUAUGAUGAUUGGAUCAGAAACAGAGGUGGCCCCCCGGCAAUGCGUACAGGCCAAGGUAUUCCAGGAUCUCGUGUGCCUGACAGUGGUUUUGGGGGACGAACACCAAUGGUCCCGGCAGAUGGAGGGCGUACUCCAGCCUGGGGAACAGCUUCUCGAACACCAGCAUGGAGUGGACCAGGAGGUUCAGGCCUCGACUCUGGCCGCACACCAGCUUGGAAGGGAGCAUCAGGUUCACAGACCUCAUAUGGAGGUGGUGGAAUGACUUCUUACGGAGGUGCUGGAAACUUCGGUACCAAUACAGGUAGUCGUACUCCAGCAUGGGCCUCUGGAGCGAAGACGCCCUAUGGCUCAAGUGGUGGUGACGGCUUCGGAAACAGCAACUCUGGAUUUGACGCCUUUGGGGCAGGCUCAAGAACACCAGCCUACAACCCUUCCUCUUCGCGUACUCCAGCAUGGAGCGGGCCAGGAAAUGCUGCUUCGGCACCCACGCCCGGUGCACGCCCUUAUGAUGCUCCCACUCCGGCAGUAUCUGCACCAACACCGGCUCCGUUUGGCGACGAUGCAUAUACCCCUUAUCUUGCUGCGCCAACUCCAGGAGCCGGUCAAGAUGCACCUACGCCAGCCCCGAAUUUUUCGAAGAACGCGAAUAAGGAGCCUCUCAAGCACAAUCGGCUUGCAGCGUUCGAUGCGCCAACGCCAGCGGCUAGCGCUCCGACACCCUACGCUUCUGGCGCUUUUGACGCACCAACCCCGGCGGCUGGUGGUCCAAGGUACGUCGACGACGAUGAAGACGAUGAUUAG